AUGUCAAAUCAGCUAUCGGAAAAUCUCGAUAAUUCGCAAGUUUCUCUUUACGCUCAUGUUUAUGAUAAACGUGUAGAAUUCAAAAAUUUAGAACCAAAGUGCAAUGGCAAGAGGUCAAAGUUGAGACAAAAUCAAGCAUCUAUUUGGGAUGAAAUUUUGCGAUUAAACAAAGAGACAUGUAGCUUAUGGACACAUGAACAAGCCAUUCAAGUAGAAGCACAAUUGCUUCUUGCACUACAUCCGCAGCUUGAUUUGGAUCCUAAUCCAACGCUGCGUUGUGAUCAAGCAACCAAUGAUACAUAUGUGAAACCCACACAUAGAAAAUUAAAGAAGAAAAAACGAAAGCUUAAUUCAUUUGAAGUUGAAGUAGAGGAUGCCAAGCGUGUCAAACUUGAAAAGAUGUUGUAUAUGAUGGACGAACGUACUGGCAAAGAAUUUACUCCAACAUAUAAUCAAAUAAAAUAUUUUCGCAGUGAGAAUGCAAUUGCUGAAAAUAAUCAGCAUGUAGUUGCACGUGCAACUACAUCUAUUCCUAAACCAUUUCCUAUAAGGACUAUAGAAUUUCAAAGAGAAUAUACUGAUCCAAUAGAUCAGAAUAAGCAUCUUCUUUUCACUUUGGUAUACAUAUAUCGAGAUAAUAAUGACAAGUAUGAAGUCAUUUUUUAUGAGGUCAAAGGAAAAGAUCUGCUGGAAAGUGGCGAGCAUACUCAGCCUCUAAAAUCUUUAUGUCAAAGAUAUAAUCCUAAACUUGAUGACAGUAAACCGACCCUCAAAUGUGAACUUGAAAAUACUGCUGAUUAUGAAACGUUCGUGAAAUCAUUUGUCAUCCUACAUAUGAUGAACAACAAAUUGCUAGAUGAUUCUGAACAAUCUAAUAAACUUCACGCCAACAUAAUUGUUCAAUUAGCAGAGGAAUGUUCUCAAGAAUCAAAUCAGAGCGAAUUAUUUAAUAUUAAUAAUGUUGAUAAGAGAGAACCUUAUCAAUUAUUAGAACUUCUUGAUAAACAACCUGCUUCUGAAAAUAAGUCUUCUGCACUUGAAUACACUAGUGAUGAUGGCAAAAAAAUUGAAAUUACAUCAAUUUUUGAUCUCCAUACAGCAGCCGUAAUGAAAAGACAUGCUGCAGAAUCUUCUUCAAUGCCUCCACCUCCACGCCCGCCACAGCGUCGUGUACGUCCACCAUCACGUCUACAAAUGCCAUCAAAUUCUGAAGUAGUUAUACAAACGUUACAACAGAGACUUCCUCAGCAAUCUAUAAGACCUCCUGUCGUAAAACCACCACAAAUGGUUGUCCAAGGAUCAACUCCAAUGCAGAUACCACAAAAUACUCAAUCUAUACAACAACCACAAACACGUCCACCAAUUCAAAAUCGUCCGAUAGUUCAGAUUACAUCUCCACAAACUUCAAUGCAAGGAAUGAUACAACUUUCAAAUCAGUCGAUGGCC